AUGGGCAAAACCCAGGCUCGAUUGCUAGACAGUCCAGACAUGGGCGAUCUUGCCGCCGUGCGCAUCGGCCUGUAUCUCCCUGGCGAUGUCAUUAAAGUUGCGCGGAGACUCAAGCAGGAUUUCGAUGUGAAGCAUCCGUUUGGCACGGUAAUGGACCCUACGCGAAAGGCUGCCAUGACGGGAAACCAAGACUUUACCAGACAUGAUCGAGGGCGAUUUGAAGAAGGUGAAGACCGCGACGAUGCUACCUGGGAGCACUACGGAUACAAGUCAUGGCAAGUAGUUGUCGGGUGGGCGGGCAAUAAAACCCAGUGGGACGAGGAUCUCCAAGCUAUGGCAAGGCUAUUCAGUCCGCUCAAGGUGGAGAUUCAAGUCGGAACGGUAGUCACACAAGCCUGGGCGGAGGUGCAGCACAACAUCAUCUACAAACAGCCCAAGGACAUUCGGGUGACGAAUACUAUGAAGCGCAUGAUUGACGCCACCAAUGGCAUGGCAAUCACGACAGACAUAAUCCUCAGGGAGCUAGAGCGCAGCUAUGACGAGGCAAAAGCCGAAGCUGAGGCCCGGCGACAACGUGAUAGAGAGCAGCCAUUGUGGAGCCUCUUGGAAUAUUGCAAAACCGACGACGAAAUCAAGGCAAAGGAAAUUAUUGACAGCGGCUUUGACUUAGGCACGAAAAUGGCGCCUGGCGAUCUCUGUGUGGUCUUGAGACGCCAGCCCUCGAGGGGUAGAGCAGAUAUGGUGAAGGAGCUGCUGUGCAGUAUCGACGUUGACGUCUUGGACAUUUCCCUUGGUACGGCGCUUCUUCAGGCUUGCGAGUCGGGCCACGUCAGUGUUGUGAAGGAGCUUCUUCACCACGGUGCUGAUAUAACCAUCCUGAAUAUCUUUAAACAAACAGCGUAUGAUGUGGCCAAGGAGAAUGGUCAUGUGACUAUACUGGACCUGCUAGAGGCAUUUCCUCGAGGGAAACUAGCAUGA